CUUGGGGCUCCCGAGCUAGAAAAGAGUGUCGAUGCCGGCGGCGGUGAUGAGUUGUAGGAGGAGCUGCUUCCUCGGCGGCGCAGAGGAGCGGCUGCUGCUGCUGCUGCUGCUGCUGCUGGCCUCUUUGCAGGGUGGAAAACCCGAGGGUGGAAAUGGAAGGCAGUGGGCAAGGAAAAUGAGCAGCAUCUGUCAGCAUAAGUAUGUCCACAGCAAGGAGAGUGGAGGCAGCCUGAGGCGGCCAGAGCUCCACUAGCAUCGAAGGCAGCAGAAUAUCCAGGGGACAGAAUGGGACCAGCAGAGCUUCACGCCAGCAUCUUAACUUAGGGAAUUCCAAAACACUUUAAAGUUGUCUGUGGCACUCUACCAGACUCUCCCACUGAGAUGUGGCUGGCUUCCGUGGGACAGUUUAAGGACCACGGAGGAGGAGUCCGGGCUUCCUUAUCAGCGUGCUUCCUCUCACUCCGGCAGACCUGCUCCUGCUAAUCUGUUCCCACAGGCAGCAUCUCUGAGCUGCUUGCAUUUGAUAGCUUGUUUGGCUUACGGAUUUAUGCCUGCCAAAAGCUCGAUCUUGAGCCCGGUGAGAUUAUUUUGAUGUAUUGCUGUCAUUGAGUAUUGGCCUACCUGAAGGUGCUAAGGGAAGCUCCGCCAUCAGGAUGUCCAAGUACAAACUGAUUAUGUUAAGACAUGGAGAGGGUGCUUGGAAUAAAGAGAAUCGUUUUUGUAGCUGGGUGGAUCAGAAACUCAACAGUGAAGGAAUGGAGGAGGCUCGGAACUGUGGAAAGCAACUCAAAGCGCUAAACUUGGAGAUCGAUCUCGUAUUCACAUCCGUCCUUAAUCGGUCCAUCCACACGGCCUGGCUGAUCCUGGAAGAGCUAGGGCAGGAGUGGGUUCCAGUGGAAAGUUCCUGGCGUCUAAAUGAACGUCACUAUGGAGCUCUGAUCGGCCUCAACAGGGAGCAGAUGGCUUUGAAUCACGGUGAAGAACAAGUGAGGCUCUGGAGAAGAAGCUACAAUGUGACCCCACCACCCAUUGAGGAAUCGCACCCUUUCUACCAUGAAAUCUACAAUGACCGGAGGUAUAAAGUGUGCGACGUCCCUGUGGAUCAGCUGCCCCGAUCUGAAAGCUUAAAGGAUGUUCUGGAGAGACUCCUUCCCUUUUGGAACGAAAGGAUUGCUCCUGAAGUAUUAAGUGGCAAAACCGUUCUGAUAUCCGCUCAUGGAAAUAGCAGCAGAGCUCUCCUGAAGCAUCUGGAAGGUAUCUCUGAUGAAGACAUUAUCAAUAUUACUCUACCCACUGGAGUCCCCAUUCUCCUGGAACUGGAUGAGAACCUGCAUGCUGUUGGGCCCCACCAGUUCCUGGGUGACCAAGAAGCUAUCCAAGCUGCCAUUAAGAAAAUAGAUGAUCAAGGAAAAGUGAAAAAACGAGCUGAAAAAUGAAGGCUUUCCCAUUUGAUGGCUAGGAAUGGCUGCAAAAGAAGUGGCAUGCAGUGUUUUAUGGGUGCUGAUCUCUCUCUCUUUUUUUCCCCCUGUUUUUCCAGAACUGGGCUAUGGGGUAGAGUUUAUAUAGGCAACUACGUAACUUAUGUUGCUCAGAUAAAGGCUUUAGGAUGCCUGAGUAGGCACGAGUACUCACUAGGCAUGAGUAGGAUGAACUCUCCUGAUAGUCCUAUUUGAGUUAGUGUUGUGGGGCUAAUUAGUAACCAGAAGGGCUUAAUCAAUGUCCUAAAUAUCCAAGAUAGGAGAGUAACAAGUAGAGGUGAAGUUUAAGGUUUUCAUCAUUCAAUACAUCAUUACUGAGUCACUAUUGAGAGACACUACUUAUUCUAGUAAGUAGUUCACGUUUAUAUUUACUAAGACUUUCUGGGAUGAUGGUAAGGUAUAUUAGAAAUAUACUCUACGUAAGUAUUUAUUAUCAGCCUUCUCCUCUGGGAAAAGGGAUGCUUUUCCAGUUAAAACCAGAGGCCCAUUAAAUGGGGGCUAUCAUAGUUGGGCUUCUUCAAGAAAGCCAACAACAAACUAGAAGGCCCUUUGCCUUGUCUCUAGGCCAGAGACAUCCUUUCUUUGACAUUCGGAAGGCUUGCCCUUUGGCUGCUAGAAUUAGCGGCGUGGACACAGCCCUAGCUGUUUGUGUUCUCCUUUUGUUUCGUUCUGUUAAACUUCAAUCUUUGGGUACUUAAAAUUGGUUUAAAAAUAAAGGUCCGUGACCAAAAAAUGAA